AAGGACGACAGAAUCAGAGAGUGACGAGAGAAAGCAGGAGAGAAAGAGAGAGCCCGGCUCUCCCCGUCUCAGCCGCUGCUGUACUGCAUAUCUUGCCCCAACACACGAGUAACGAGGUGUGACGCACGGACCGACGUGUGUGGUGGAUGGAAGUUUGCUGCUGGGGUGGGGAAGGUAGACCGUUGGCGUUGUUUAUUCUUCGGUUUGUACGGGAAAGUGUGAACUUUGAUCGGUAAACUAUAGGGAGAGAGGAAACGCGAUAGGGAAAGAUUGCGUUCUUCUUGGGUGCUCUCUUCUUCUGUCGGGGUGCACUGAAGAAAGGGGAAGAUGAAGGGGUUGGCGGGAGCCUUUUCUUCGACAUUUUCGGCUGCAGCCGGCUCGGCUGCAGCGGUGGGAUCGAGGGCCUUAGGAGCAGGGGCAGCUGUAGCCGGCGCAGCGGGAUCCGCGGUCGUGGGGGUUGGCGCAGCUGCAGGCAGCUCAGCUCUGGCGGCGGGAUCUGCGGUCGUGGGGGCGGGAGCGGCAGUGGCCGGGUCAGCUGUGUCUGUGGGAUCUAAAGUGGUCGAGCAAACGGUCCGAGUUAUCUCCUCGGCACCCCCGAAGGAGGGAAUGAAGCUCGCGACGAUUCGCAUCAGCAUGGGAGACAAUGCGAACGAUGGAAUGUACGGCAGAGUGAGGAUGGUCAUCGUCGGKGAUGGCGAGGAAGACCCUGAGGGACCUCGCGCCCCUGCACAUUGCGCAGGCGAGAGAGACGGUUACGAUCUGGGUACGGGGUUGUGGAAGUUUGGCAGCACGGAGUCGGUGAGGAUCAACGAUCUUCCGAAGAACGUGAAUCCGACGGUGAUCCUUCUGUACAACGACGCGACGCAGGGGAGGCACUGGUACGUGAGGAGGGUGGAGAUCGAGACGGAAGCUUACACGGCCGACGGCGGGGGGGACAACGGCAAGCUGAAGAAGUACGUGUUCCCCUGCUACUCGUACGUGCCCAACUCGAGCAGAGGCCGCGUCAUCUUCGAGGGCAGCUCUCGGCUCCCCUGGCAGACUCCCGCGAGGCUGAACGAGCUCUAUCGGGGAGGAGCCUUGCACAAGCAGUUGGAGGUGUACCAGUUCGACCAAUACGACGAUCUGAGCAGUCCGCCGGAGCUGGUGGAUCGAGGCAGUCCCAACUUCCGGCCUCCGCUCCACCCGUACCCCAAGCGGCAGGCAUCCACGGUCUCCGGACAGAGUAUCGGGAUCCCGAUCGAUGACGACUUCGACUGUUCCAAGACUUACGAUUUCUUGUCGGAGUCGGUCAAGUCAAAAGCGAAGGCAGUGUUUGCUGAUCCGCUAUCGACGAAGUCCAGCAAGCCAUGGAAGAGCGUGAAAAAGCUCAUCGACGGACUGUUCGAAGGAGUCGGGGCUUUCCGCAAGCCGGUCGUACUGAAGAACGGGAUCGACUGGAAGUCCGAUAAGGAGUUCGGCAGACAGAGGCUCGCCGGCCUGAAGGCUUUUUGGUCGGUCGAGGCCCGACGCGUCUUCAUCCUCGACUUCUCUCUGCUUGAGGUUCUCAGGCCCAUCGUCAAUCGGCCUGCUUCUCCGGGGAAGGAGUUGCGGUACUUGUACGCUCCUCGUUGCCUGCUGCUCCGUGAUGAUGACGAUGACGUCAUCCCCAUAGCCGUCCAGCUGGAGAGAGGAGGGAAGGUGUACACGCGCGCCAAGGACACGAGCGUCGGAAGGUGGCAGUGGACUCUGGYCAAGGCUUACGUGGCAAGCGCUGACAGCGCCGUGCACCAGGUGGGUAGGCACUUUUUGGAAUGCCACGCAGUCUGCGAGGUUUAUCUCAUGGCUCUCCGCAGGCGAGUGUCCGAAUGGCACCCCGUCUUCAAGCUCCUCAUUCCUCACUUUCGGUUCACGAUGAGCAUCAAUUACAGGGCGCGUACGAGGCUGAUCAAUGCUGGCGGCAUCAUCGAGUCCGUGUUCACGCCUGGGCCCAAGUGCAUGGCAGCCUCGGCCGAGCUGUUCAAGUCCUGGAAGUUCCAGGAGCAAGCUUUGCCUGUGAAUUUGGAAAAGAGAGGAGUGSGCGACGUGGCUGUCCUUCCCUACUAUCCGUAUCGCGACGCCGGGAUGCUCGUCUGGAACGCGAUCCUCAAGUAUUGCCUGACGUACCUGAAGAUCUAUUAUGGCGAGGGGGAGAGCGCCAUGGAGGCGAUCGCGCGGGACGAGGAGGUGUCAGCUUGGUGGGCCGACGUGAAGCUGGGCGCCUCCAAGUCCGAGUUCUCUCUCCCCGACGCGGAGGAGUGGCCGGCGCUGCACACGGUCGAGGAUUUGGCUUUGAUAUGCGCGACCAUGAUGUGGACAGCCAGCGCCCAGCACUCCGCCGUCAACUUUGGCCAGUACGAUUACUCGGCGUUCUCGCCGAACAAUCCCUCAUGCAUGAGGAAGCCAAUGCCAGAGGAAGUAGAUGAGAGGGCGUUCAUGGACGUCCUGCCUCUUCCCAAGGAUCAGAUUACCGUGAUGAUGGUCGUGGACAUAUUGUCGAGGUUCUCGGACGACGAGGAGUACAUUGGGAGAACGGAUCAGACCGCCUUCGGCUGGUUAGUGGAUCCGGAAGCGCAGCAGGCUUACAAAAAGUUGUGCGACGAUCUUGACGAUGCAGUGGUGGCCAUAGAGCGCAUGAAUCAGGAGAACAAGCCCAGGGGGAGACUGCCGUACGAGUACUUGUUCCCUCGCAACAAUGCCCAGGAGUUGUCUUUCUUGCACGACACCCCGAACGGGACGCGGGGAAUCCCCAACAGCGUGUCCAUCUAGCGGAACGAGACUUUUUGGCUGUUUAUAUCUGGGCUKAGGUGCGGAAGAGCCKUGUCGCAGAAGAGUGGUCGCGGCAGUCGUUUUUUUCCCCGUUUUAGGGUAGAUUACAGGUCGAGAGAGUGGUUAAGUUGAAGUUAUUGUGUAUAAGACUCUGGCCGCGUAAGCGGAAGGUCACGUGGCUUUUUUCGGGCUUACGUUGUCAGACAAUUUCUCUAGGUUAUUUAUCAAGGGGAGAGAAGAUCGGAGUCUAUCWUGCUCUUCGCGGUGGUGGAUUAGACGUUGGACUGAGUGGCUAGCUAGCUGUCAUUAUGUGUAAGACUGUUGCCGGACGUAAAGGUCAGAUCAGUUCGCUUUUUGGGGGUUCAUGUUGACGGACGGUUUCUCUAGUUCUUUCAUGAAGGGGAUAGAAGAUGGGCGCCCAUCUUGUAGGUUGCGGUAGUGGAUUUUGAUGUGAUGGUCCUCUUUUCCAUUUAUUUAUUUAUUCUGCAACCGACGCUGUGUGUAUGGUGUUGUCGCCAUAUAUGCUGUCCGAAUACCGUACCCUCUCUCUGCUGCCCAGUCUUCCUGGUCAUUGRCAUUUGGAAGCGAUGCAAUGCCACGGUUGUCUAACAWAGCAGCAAAUGCUACGUAGUCGAGCAGAGCUCUCUGAAAAUUAGGUGCUUUUUUAGUCUCUUUGAUUGGGCUUGGAUUACGKAACAGCUCUUCGGAACCUCGACUGAUUCGAGAACAGCAGGGAGUAAGUUUUUGGACUUGGUUCACCGACCAGCUCUUCUGAAUAUCGAGAGACUCGAGAGACUCGGGAAAAGCAGGUAGCAAUUGUCGACUGGAAUCCAGUUGGACAAAGGRUACGAGCCUGGAAUCUAGUUGGACAAAGGAUAAGAGCUGCCCCUCUGUUCACAAUGAUGSGAUGUUUUAUUGUGCGAGCGACUUUCUGCAGGAAGGAGACAGGGUUCGAGGAACAACGGGAUAUCUAUCAUCAAGUUUUGAAACGUUUGCUGUCUGUGGAGCAAUGCUUGUCCUUUUUGGGUACGACGAGSUAUAGCGCGCGUGCGGAGAUGGGGGCAAUACGAAAGUUUGAAGUCCCGAGAGCAAGAURSAUUCUUUGACGUUUUCGAUGGAUUUGAACUCGUUACUUCGUUACUUCUAUUUCGCUUUUUUGCAAUCUUUGGGUACGAUGCAGUUUAGCUCUCGAUCGGAGAUGGGGGGAAUACGAUAGCUUGRAGUCCCGAGAGCCAGAUGGAUUCUUCGAUUUGAACUCGUUACUUCGUUACUUUUAUUUCGCUUUUUUGCAACCUUUGGGUACGAUGUGGUUUAGCUC